UGUGGUGUUUGAAUGGACUAAUGAUACCUUUGUACUGGUUGAAUGCUUGAUUUCAAAUUCUAAAUACAAUACAUUCGUUGGUGCCUGUGUCUUCUUAAUUCAAUUGCGUUAAUCCUGGAAUUCCUAAUUCAUACGAUAAUUCGAAUACUAUAUUGGCGUCGUGAUGGAACCUGCAAUGGAAAAGUUGGAUAUUCAUUCAACUCCUGAAGCUAUUGAGGAUUAUUUGGAAAGGUUCGAAAUUUGGAGCAUGACCAAGAAAGACGUUAAAGGUGAAAAAAUUGUGGCACAUUUUCUGACAUUCAUUGGGAGAGAAGCGUACAGCUUAUUAAAAACUUUGGCAUAUCCAGAAAAACCUAUCUCACUCCCUUAUGCAACUCUUAAAGAGCUAUUGUUAAGUCAUGUAAAAUGCACCAGUUUUGAAUGCCGUGAAAGGGCGAAGUUUCAUAAGAUGGUUCGUCAAAAUGACCAAAAGGUUCGGGAAUUCAUCCUUGAAUUACAGAAACAAGCUGCCAAGUGUAAUUUCGGUGAUCAACUUCAUGUGCAACUGAGAGAUCGAUUAAUUGCAGGAAUUAACAUACCGAGUUUGGAAAGAGAGCUGUUAAGAAUGCCAAACUGUUCCUUUCAAGAUGCUAGAACUGCAUGUAUUAACUACGAAGCAGUCAAUGAACUUGAUAUCCAGUCGAUGAAGAUUUCUAAUACUUUGCUUAGUCGUCGUGAUGAACUACAAUCUCAGGGUCAAUCAAACUUGCGUUCAUUUAACAGUGAUUCCUAUUCUCGUGUAAAUAUGAAAGGUGUUUCAACGAGGAAUUACAAAGCAAAUCACAAAGGU